UCUUUAGCUUCCUUCCAAUAAUUAAUCACUUUCUCUCUCCUCCUUCUCUCUCUAAUUAAGAUGAUCAAAGUGUCCUAAUUAAGUGCUUUAAUUUAAAAUUAAUUAAGCAAAGCACCUCAUCACCACCACUACCCCAAUUGCUGUACCCCUGACUGUGACCCUGUACUUUCUUCAACAAUUUUUCUUCAAAUUUUUAAACAAAAAUUAGGUUUUUUUUUUCCCAAUUAAAACCCCACAAAACAGUUAAAAGCAGAUCGAUUAAACCAACCAAUUUCUUCCCUAUUUUGUGUUUAUAUUAUUUAUUGUUAUUAGUACUUCCAAAAAAGCUAAAAAAAAUUUGCAGCAAGUUUACUCAAUUUUAUUUUGUUUGGCUCAUCCAUCCAUUCAUUCAUCCACCAUAACCCUAAAACUUACUCUUUCAUUUUCUCUCUCCUCAAAUCUUCAAACUUCAUCCAAAUUUCUAAAAGGGCGUGGAAUUAAAAAUGGGGGUUUUGAGCUCACAAUUCAAACCUCCCAACUGGGUAUGGAAGUGAAGAAGAAUCUGGAAAAACCCACAUUUUUGUUGUUGUUGUUGUGGAUAUGGGGAAGUCUGAUGAAAAUGAUGAAUUUUCUCUCUCCUCAGCUGCUGCAAAUGGUGAAGGGAUUUCUGGGUCGAAUGCAGAAAGAGGAGAGUGUAGUUCAGUGUGUAGGUUUUUUAAGCUCAGGUGUUUUUUAGCACUUUUGCUGGGAAUUUCAGUGUUUAUUUCAGCUGUUUUUUGGCUGCCCCCCUUCUUAAAUUUCGCAGAUCGAGGUGAUUCAGAUCUAGAUCCACGUUACCGAGGUCAUACAAUUGUUGCAAGUUUUAAUUUGCUGAUGCCAGUUUCCUUUGUGGAAGACAAUGUUGAACAGCUCGAAACUUACAUCUAUGAAGAUUUUGGAGCUGCUAAUUCAACCGUGGUCAUCUUAUCAAUGGAUAGCUCUGGAAAUAAUUCUACAGACAUCGUGUUUGCGAUUGAUCCUGUGUCCAAAAAUUCUAUAUCUUCAUACCAACUUAGUUUUAUUCGGUCAAGUUUUGUAUCUUUGGUUAUACGACAAUUCGACUUUCAGUUGACGCAAUCUUUGUCUGGGAAGUCAUCUUUCUUUGAGGUGCUGAAGUUUCCUGGUGGAAUCACUGUUAGUCCUCCCCAAAUCGCAUAUCCACUGCAAAAAGUUCAAAUUCUUUUUAACUUCACUUUGAACAACUCUAUUCUCCAAAUACAAGAAAAUUUUGAGGUGCUGAAGAACCAACUCAAAUAUGGAUUGCAUUUGACUGGUAGCGAGAACUUGUACAUUCGCCUGACAAAUUCUAGAGGUUCCACUGUAGCCCCCCCUGCUACUGUUCAGACAUCUGUUGUGCUGAGAGUUGGAGUUCCCACUCAGCCGAGGCUGAAGCAGCUGGCUCAAACAAUCAGAGAUUCUCCUGCUAGAAAUCUCGGUCUUAAUAACACUGUCUUUGGUAAAGUCAAGCAGGUUAGCCUUUCAUCAGUACUCCAGCAUUCGCUAAGCGGCGAUGCUGCUAGCCCAACACCUGCUCCUACUCCAGCUCCUCUUCCUCACCAUCACCACCAUCACCACCACCAUCACCACCACCACCACCAUAGUGACCAUAGUGCUUAUUUACCUCCUACUAGUGCGCCCUCCUAUUCACCCGUGGAAGCUCCUAAACACGCGAAGAGUGCUCCGACUCCACAGAAAAGUGCUCCCUCACAUGUGAAACACCGCCGAGCAUUUCCAUCUUCUGCCCCUGCACCUGCUAGAAGCUAUCAGGCAAGCCCGCCAGAUGCUCACCCUCCUUAUAAAAGCUAUCAGGCACAUCCUCCGGGAUGCAGGUUUAAGUUUAGGAGUAGGCAUUUCCCUGAAAGCCCUCAGAAAUCUCCUGGUGUUGUGAUUAGGGCACCUAGCAUGCCUCCUCACAGUUCUGUUGUUGCCGCACCUCAUCCACAAGCUAAGCCGCCAACUCCUGUUGCACGUCAUAUUGCACCGUCUAGUCCUUUGCCAAAUGUUAUUUAUGCUCGUGUUCAUCCUCCAUCAGAAAGUGAAACGGACCCUGGGCCUCCAGACAAGAUGCCAUCAAUCGCACCCUCUUCAUCUGUUGGAAGUCAUAUUACAGCUACUUGUUGGAUAUUCUCUCUAUUAGUAGCUCUUUUACUACAUAAUUGUUGGUAGAAUGUGCUAUUAUCUCGGUUAGGAGAGUUGUACUCGACGGGAUCCAAAACCGAAGGAAACAUCCUAAUUCCCUAAGCUGGCAGAACUUGUAAAAGUGGGAGCAAUGCAAAAAAAGAGGCAUUCCCCACAUUUGCUAGAGUGAAUAUACGGUGUUGUUUUUGUACAUGUAAAUAUUCAAUUGAAACAAAAAUCCGAGUGGCGCAAUGCAUUCUCAGGUCAAAGUCCACAAAAGUGGCAGGCCACCUUAAUGAGAAUGCCAUAGCCACUUGUUUGUGUAAUGAAACUCUCUUCUUCAGAAGUGUAAGGCCAAAGUCAAGAAUUUAUCAUCCAA